AUGCCUAUUCACAGCUGCAAGGAAGAGGCCCGAUUGCUGCGACAGAGCCAAGGCUUCUUGUGCAAGGAGGAAAUCAUUGCGGCUGAUGCUGGAUUGCAACAACCGAGUCUUUGGCAUCGACAAACCCCUAUACCUUUAGAGAUUCAUAGCCCCAAGGAAUCAUCCAUCCAUCAUCAUGAUCUUAUUAACGGUCUGCUCUCCGUUGUUGCUGCCGUGCUCCAUCUGGCUUCGCUCUCUAGCGCUGGCACCGCCAACAGAGCCAAUUCCGGCGCAGCUGAAGUCACCUAUUCUCACGAUGGCAGAACUUGCUGCACUAAUGGCGAGCCUUCGGCUAGUUUCACCGGAGGCAAAUGCGAGUACGACUCUCAUGUUUUGAACCCAACUAUUCCUGAAGGCACCCAUGUAACCAAGUGCUGCUGGAGUGACAGGGCAAACGAUUUUCAUGUUCAUUUUGCCGACGACCACGAAGAUCUCCAAGUAUCACCCAUGCACAUCACGGGUAAUGCUACUGUUCCAAUCCAGAUCUGCAACCUCGGUCUCAAGUGGGAGAUAACCGAGUAUAUCCUCACUGACGACUACCUCGACAUCUAUGUCAUCCUGAAUAUUGAUUGCGGACCAUACAACGAGUGGGAUAGAGAAUGGAUUCGCAUUCACUUCGACGUGGCGGCGUACAAGAAAACCAAGGCAAAGGUGCUGAACACGGGACGGACAUACCUGGGUCGGAAAAUCACCCCAAAAAGCACAGAUGGUGUUCCUACUCCCAGAGUCGACAGACGGCAUGUCGUGGGACUCACCGUCACUCCCCCGCAGGAAGACACCAAGCGUAAUAUGGCACAGCUGAUGCUGGAAUGCCAACAGUUCGACAUUUUGGAAGCCGAACCACGUUCGCCAUCGCCCCAACCACAAAUCGAAAUCACCACGAAUCACGCCGUUACAAGAGCCCAGGCGUUGGGAUGCCGGCAAGUUUACUUACGAGAUUAG